AUGACAGUUCCGAGGAAAGUCAAAGACUCGCAGCACGCACCAGGACCGGUCGCUGGUCGGCUUGCAUUCUCUGCGACUGAGUAUCCUGGCAUCGACCCUCAAUGGGUUCGACUAUGGAAUGAGCACGGUGGAUCAAUGGUCAGAGCGGAUGAAGUUGAACUGGAACACUACCGGAAAGAUGCAGUCAGAUACAGCUUUACAUACCCAUCUUGCAGAGGCCCCGAAGUCUUCCAUGUUGAAGACCGCAAGAUCCCAGUGACUACACCGGGAGGAAAGGUAUCGGUGAGAAUAUACUCUCCCGAGGGUUCCGGACCUUUUCCUGUACACCUGAACUUCCAUGGAGGUGGAUGGGUACUGGGCGGGCUUCAGAGUGAGGCUGCAUGGUGCCGGCACAUGUGCAAUAAGUCCAACAUCAAAGUCAUCGAUGUAGACUACCGCAUGGGACCAGAACACAAGUUUCCGACUGCCAUCUAUGAUUGCUGGGAUGCGGUGAAAUGGGCCAUCAAAAACGCGGAUGCUUUAAAAAUCGAUCCGAAAAGCGUGUCUUUCGGUGGGCUUUCAGCAGGUGGUCAGAUGUCAGCGGUACUUGCUCAUCUUGCAAGAGACGAGGCUAUAGCAAUCAAGUUGCAUCUCAUGAUUGUGCCAGCGACCGAUAUGAGAUACUGUCACAGAAGUAUCAAGCAACUCGACAAGUCGAAUUGCCCAUAUGAGAGCGCCCGUUUGUACCGAGAUCUACCUUGGGGACCUCUCGGCCGAGAACAAUGGUUCUUGAAGUACUGGCUUGGGGAAGAUGAUGAUGAACAAGCACGACUCCUCAAUAACUGGAUACUUACACCGGUAUUGGCGCCGAACUUUGCUGAUUUGCCGCCUGCACAUAUAAUUACUGCAGAGUUCGAUCUGGAAAGAGACGAAGGAGAAUACUACGGAAAGUUGCUCCGAGAUGCAGGUAAUGAGGUUUCGAUGAAACGGUACACAGGAGUUCCUCAUGCGUUCGCUCACUAUAAUCACCCUGAGCGGGGUCUUUCUAAGAGUUUCGAAUUCAUUGCAGACACAGCUGAGCUACUUAGGGCAGCCCACUAUGACAACUGA